UAUGAAAUACCUAAUUGCCUUACUGUUAGUAUCAUCCAUUUUAGCAGCCAUUCCAACCAAAGUUACCAAUUGUAUGGCCAACCCAAAGGUUGUUUUCACUGAGGCUACCUUCAGUGUUACACCAGCUAAGGGAGUUGAUGAAAAAAUCACACUUUAUGGAACUGCAAAUGAACAUGUUGAAUUAGCUAAUGUUAAUCUCAAAGCUAAAUGGAAUGGCAUAGAUGCUUUUGAAGACAACUAUCCAGAAGAUGAAGUCUAUGAGAAAGGAGAUCUUGUCGACUAUGAAAUGACUUAAAAUUUCCCAACCUAUACUCCAUCUGUAAUAUAUUAAACAUAUUUUAAUAGGGUAGAAUUGUUGUCUAAAUGUGGUUCUAAAAUGCUAAGGGAACUAACUUUGCAUGUGCAGAAGUAGGAUUUGUUAUUUGAUUC